CUGUGUUGUGGAUGUGGAGUUGAAACUUAAAAGUAUAAAGAAGUAAAAGCGUGGUAAGCAAGGAAGAGUGUUGUCUCCUUGUUAAUAGCAUCCGCAACCAUUAUAUUUGAAUGCUUUUAAAGGAUUUCUAAAAAUUAAUUAUCAAAUUUGUAACAAUAAAUAAGUGUAGUAUAAUUUAUAACUUGGCCAUAUUUAAGCCAAAUAACCAAGGACAUGGCUGAGUGCAGUUCAUCUAAUUUGUCAACUGCUGAUAAACUUGCUGAUCGUAUGAAAAGGUUGAAAGAAUUGCAUUUAAAAAGAAAUGAAGCUCGGCAAUUGAACCAUCAAGAAGUUGUAGAAGAAGACAAACGCAACAAACUACCAUCGAAUUGGGAGGCACGGCGUAGGAAAGCUGAAUGGAUACUCAACGACGAAGAGCAGAAAAAACAAGCUGAACAAAAAGGAGAAGAUUAUGAUAGAGUUAAGCUGUUGAAUGUGGGCGCUGAUGAAGCGGAACGUCUGGAAAAGAAGAGACGAAAGGCAAAUCCAGAUACUGGCUUCGCAGACUACGAACAAGCAACCAUAAGGCAGUACAAUCGGUUGGUCAGAAACAUGAAACCAGAUUUGGAUAAUUAUGGGAAACAAAAGGAAAAACUGGGCGAUGCAUUUUAUGGUGGAAGGAAUACCAUACUCCAUGGCCUACAUAACGAUUCAAAGGAAGGCAUUGACGCUAUGGUCUCAGAUUUGGAGAAACAGAUUUCGAAACGUGAGAAGUACAGCAGACGCCGUAUGCAUAACGACGAUGCCGACAUUGACUACAUCAAUGAGCGAAAUAUGAAAUUCAACGAAAAGCUGGAGCGGUUCUAUGGACAGCACACAACUGAAAUUAAGCAAAAUCUGGAACGUGGUACUGCAGUCUAAAGUGCGCGUAAGGUCGGUGCUUAUUUUAUUCUAGUAAAUAAGACUGUGAUUGACAGUACGUAUUCAUCGGUGUUUCACCAGUGACCAAAUGUGUAGAAAUGAUAAGAUAAUUUGUAAUUCUUGGAUGGCUCUCUUUAUUCAACUCUAGAAAUGAAUGCAACAACAUUUUUGCCCAUUUGACUCGAAUUGUUCACCCAAAUCAUAUCUGAUUGGGAAAGAGUCAGUGGCAUCUAUAUACACACUUAUAAUUUACUAGUUAUUUACUAGAAUAAGACAUUUAUAUAAUAAGUACAAUAUAAUUGUAUAUUCAACUUGAAUUAUCAUUAACGACAUGCAUUAAUUAUCAUUUUUGAUAAACAUAAGUAUUCAGUACUCUCCAAAUUCAGCCUGAACUGGUUUCACUUUGUACAUUGAAAUUCACUAGGAAUACUCAUAAUCGUGACCCUCUGGCAUGAUUCGUUCACUCUUCGACAUGAUUUCUCUUUUUUGCUCACUUUGCCACUGUGCCACUUGAAUGGUAAGUGCAAUCACGAGCUUGUUUUAACUUUAAGCAGCCUCUCGCCCUUGCAUUAUCUCAACCCUCCUCACCAUAAAUCGCCUAACUUUAAUCCAGUAGGACAGUGUUCCAAACGUUUUGAUCAGUAAAUUGUAAAACUGAAGUAUAGUAAUUUAUGAGUUGCUCUAUUUUAAUAUUCAAUACUGCAAUGAUGGCUGACUGCAUUUCCUCUUUUGAAUAUUUUCACAUUUUCAUCCCAUAGGAAGACAUAAUCGGCAUGUUCAAUAUAAUAUAUAGUUUUAUGCAACUGCUCGACAUAAAUUUAUAGAAUUAAAUAUAAAAUCAUAUUCAUUUACAUGAUAAUAAUUUAUUAUAUAGUUCUAUAAUUUAAACAUUUAUCCUUAGAGGAAUCAAAAUGGCUUAGUCAUUCUUGAUAAAUUGAUAAACCUAUAAGGUCUCAAAGAACUAGAUGAUUUUUGAAAGUAGAUAAUUCAAUACAGUAUAAAUAAAAGUCUGUUAACUUGGUUCAUGUGAAGUUGGUUGUAAGGGGUAAGGACAUAUUUUAAUAAGAAUGCUUCUGUAGUUGGAUCUCAGAGGUCAGGUAUAGGUCUUCAGUUUUAAAUCUAUAAUUUCCUUAAGACACCCACAAUACUUUAUUCAACUUUUUUGAAUCUAUAAGUUCCUUCGAUCUAAUAAAAAGCAACUUACCUCUUAGCAGAAGUUUCAAAUUCAACUUAUCCAGAGAAAAAAGCAGUUGUCAUCAACUGAAAAUCAGACUGACUGUCUGACUAAAUUGUGAGUAGUAUUGUCAAUUUACUUACUCUAAAAAAGUCGUCAUAUGGCACCAACAAAAAGCCUCCAGGUGGAUCGAUCCUGAGCAUCUUCUAAUGUAGCUCCAAGCAGUGUCUUGGCUAUUGAAACGGUCCCUGAUUUCUCUGUUAUGUUUCCUCCUCCAUUCUCCUUUUUCGUAUGUGGCCUAUAUAUCUUACGUAGGAAUUUAUUUUCAUUAGCUUUUUCUCUUCCGUCUUGGUUAUUCUCCAAGUUUCAGACCAAUAUAGUACCGGACAUAUUGCUUAAUAUAGUCAAGCUUUGUUUUGUGGAAUAGGAACUUGGAUCCUAUAUUUAUCUGUCUCAAUACUGCAUGCAAGAGGCCAUCGUAUUUCUUGUAUUGCUAAACAUCCAUAUUUUUCUCAUGCAGUUUUUCUGCCAAUUACAUGUCACAAGCUCCGGGAAUUUCUAUUGCUGAAAAUUGCUAAAAUUUCAUAUUCACUCUGUUUAGAGCGAAUCCUAUUUGUUAUUCGUAUACCCUGUACAAUCUACGAGACUGUUUGUUGGUGUUUCAAAACGUGUAUUUUUUACAAGGGGGGUUAUUGGCCCAAAGCUAAAUCCUCAACAUGGGUAAUUUGUUUGGGUGUUUCUUCCUACUCAUUGGCCAUCGGUUAGGCCUACUUAUAAAAAUAUGGAAAUAUUUACAUAUGCAAAUUCUACAACAUGUAGGAUUUACAUUCUGCAUUUCACUUCAUUGAUUUUUCGGUUUAAAAAUGACAGAGCUUUAAACAAUUUGAAAGGUUGAAAUAGAUUUUGACAGAAUUAUGUCGAAUUCCAUCUUUUGAUGCAGUAUGUCUUGGAAGCAAUAUUUCCAUACUAUAAAAUAUUGUUAUAUCCAAUCGAAUCCUCGAUUGAUUAUCUCUUAAUUGUUAUCUACUUCUCAAACCAUUUAUACUAUUUGAGAAACCUGUUUGCGCAAAAUCCGUCAUUGCCAAACUAGAUAUAAUUUAGCCAAACUCAGCUACGCUUCAUAAUAAAGAAAGAGAUAAUCGUAAUGCUAAUAUUCAGCUAAUCGUAAUGGAAUAGAUAUUUCAUUGGAAGAGUACUGAGUUCAUUCUUUUAAUAGCUUUAUGUAAAUGUUUCAGAUUUGAGAAACCAAAAUAAAACAUUGUAAACAGUGCAGGCUAUUGGGUAUCCAUAAGUGAAAUAAGACAAGCUCAAAGUCGAGGAUGCUAGUCUAUCUAGAAAUGAAGUAUCCCAUUGAACAUGCUCGGUUGCAGCAUAUGGCUUGCAUGAUAAUAAUUGCAGCAAGAAGCCAAGAAGCACAAGAAGCCAAAUGAUAUCCACCUUGAGUAUUUUUGGAACAAAAUUAUUAUAAUUGAUUUUUCAAGUGUGCACCAGCGUCAAUGUUUAAUGGGGCGGAAACAGAUUGUUAGCAAACGUCCUUCAUUUGAUGAAAUUCCUAUAUGAUUGAGGCUAACUUCCAAUUCAUCCUACUCAAUUGAUCUUAUUUUUCUUAGAUCCAGGAUACAUUUUAUAUUGAUUAAUAUAGUCUAUUGGUUAUGGUAUAACACAAACAGUGAUGUUUACUGCUCUAGAAUUAGCCAAUUAAACAAUAUUUGUAAUGAGUA